CGCGAGCCCGUUCCACCACGCAAGCUGCAAGCAGCUAGACGCGCCCACGUACGGUAGUGGGGAGGGCGAGUGGGCAUGAGCCAGUGUGGUUGAAGUCAGGCUAUAUUUCUCUCUCGAAAUGACUUGUUUGAGUUUGGGUAUAGUGCGGAUCGUACAUGCAGGCAGUCCACAGGUGCGCACAGCACAGUCGCGUGUGACAGCGACGAAGGCAUGUGAAGGGAAUGUGCUUGGCAGAAAUGCGAUGCAGAAGAAGUCCGACAAGACACGAUGUCUGUCAUUUUUAGCGCACAAAACGGACUGUUUUUUGGAUUAAUGCUUUCUCUUUGCUUGAAUCGUUCUGACCGACCACUGCAUCGAAGAUCGAAGAUGGAUCUGUUUCCAUCUAGUGUUGUGCCGCGUUUGCUGUGAAAACAACCAAGAGUAAAACAAUUAUGCAUCUUUUCCGGAGCUACACUUAUCGGGUCUAUCCCGACCGCGAUUCGGGAGAGAAACAGACCAUUCGAGGCAUCAGCUGGACUCCUUUGCCUGACAGCUUGGACACACAGGACCCCAUGAAACAGUUUCUAUCAGAUCGGAUUUUGAAGGCUGCAAGAGGCCUGCACGGUGCACUGAUUGAGCGUAACCCGGGGCUUAUCAGAGAUCGCAAGCAUCACUUACGGACACACAGGCUGUGCUGUAGCGGGAAGGAGCUUGUUGAUUGGCUGAUAAAGCUGAAUGAAGGCACCCAGUCACGAAGUCAGGCUGUUGGUGUCUGGCAGGUGUUGGUGGAUGAAGGCAUCCUAGUUCAUGUGAAACAAGAGCUCAACUUCCUGGACAAAGACACGCACUUCUAUCGGUUCAUCGACAUGGAGUUUGACCUCGGCCAAUCAGGCGACGAGAAGGACUCCAAGGAGGAGGAGCUUCAGGAAAGCCUGUCCCUAUUGGCUCAGAUGGGGCCGGAUGCUCUGCUCACCAUGAUCCUGCGCAAGCCGCCAAACCAGAGAAGUGCUGAGGAUAUGGAGGUGAUCUAUGAAGAGCUCAUGCACAUCAAAGCUGCUGCACACCUGUCGACAUCAGUGCGGAAGGAGCUGGCAGCAGUUGUGGCGUUUGAGUCUCAUAACAAAGCUGGCACCGUGUUAUUCAGCCAGGGUGACAAAGGCACAUCCUGGUAUAUCAUCUGGAAGGGUUCUGUGAAUGUCAUCACGCACGGGAAGGGUCUGGUGACGACGUUGCAUGAGGGGGAGGACUUUGGUCAGCUGGCCCUGGUGAACGACGCCCCUCGAGCCGCCACCAUCAUCAUGAGGGAGGACAACUGCCACUUCCUCCGUGUCGACAAGCAGGACUUCAUACGCAUACUCAAAGAUGUGGAGGCCAACACUGUCCGUCUGGAGGAGCAUGGGAAAGCCGUCCUGGUUCUAGAAAAGAGCUCUGGAAUGGAAUUGACCAAUCAGAGUGGAGCGGGAGGAAGCAGCAAGUAUACAGUGAUGUCCGGAACACCAGAGAAGAUUCUAGAACACUUGCUGGACAUAGUGAAGCUGGACACUAACGGCAGUGACCACAUAGAUCCGUCCGUGAGUGACUUCCUGCUUACCCACCAAGUCUUCAUGCCCUCCUCACACCUCUGCACUGCACUGCUCAACCAUUACUAUGCGGAGCCGUCGGAGGGCUCGGAGCUGGAGAAGGCCGCCUAUGCCCUCAACACCAAGCAGAAGAUCAUCAAGCUGGUGGUGCAGUGGGUCACGCUGUACGGGCUGGCACUGAAGGAAAACCCUGCUGUGGUGGCUUUUCUGGAGAGCUUGAGGAAGGAGGUGAUAAGCGAGUCGCGGCUCUUCGCCAUGCUGCGGGAACAGCUCAAGGAGAGGAAGAAGAAAAUGCUGGAGAAUGGGCAUCAGCCGUGCGUUAAGCAACUCGAUCAGCUUGACUGGUUUCUUGGCUUCGACAACCCAGUUGGCAAGUGCCAGGCUAUCAAGGUUAAUGACAAAGUUCUUCAUGAGAUCUUCCGUCCUGACCACACCUUUGUGUGUCUGAUGCUGCCGGUGAGCUCAUCUGUUCAAGACAUCAUGGACGCCAUGACCAACUCCAGCGCAGCACACACUCUCGUUAAGAUGAACUCAUCGGGAGAGCGUGAGGAGUUGAAGCUGGAGGCCAGGGCGGUGUCCACAUCUCUGGGGCUCAACGAGAGACUCUUCAUCUGUUCCCAAAGUCAAGUGGCCAAACUGACCCCCCUGAAGGAGCAGCUGGGUCCGGAGGUGAACAGCAUGGACACGCUGGAUCAGAUGUGUGCCAAGGACAUCGCCAUCCAGCUCACACACUACGACUGGGAGCUCUUCAGUGCCAUGCAUGAGACGGAGCUCUUGUACUAUGUGUUUGGCCGUGACAAGUUCCCCAGCAUCACCACAGCCAAUCUGGAGCGCUUCAUGCGGCGCUUCAACGAGGUGCAGUACUGGGUCGUCACGGAGAUGUGCCUGUGUGUGGAGAUGGGGAAGAGGGCGGCUCUGCUCAAGAAGUUCAUCAAGAUAGCCACUGUCCUGAAGGAACAAAAGAAUCUGAACGCCUUCCUGGCAGUGAUGUUUGGCCUGACCAACAGUGCUGUCACCAGGCUGUACCGGACAUGGGAGAGGGUACCCAAUAAGACACGGAGGAUCUUCGCCGUCUAUGAGAGGAUACUGGAUCCUGCCAGGAACCACAGGGCGUAUCGCUUAGCCGUGGCCAAACUCAGCCCUCCCUACAUCCCCUUCAUGCCUCUCAUACUCAAAGACAUGACUUUUAUCCAUGAAGGAAACAAGAACUACACUAACACUUUGGUCAACAUGGAGAAAAUGCGCAUGAUUGCCAGGACGAUGAAGAUUGUGACCGAGUGCAGAGCUCAGCCUUACUCAGUGCCAGCGUCGCCACAGAAGGGCCUGACAGAGAGGAUGUUCCUGGAGGCCCCAGCCAUACGCCUGUCCACAUAUUCGGAGCACUCGUUCACGUUGCGGAGCGCCAGUACCAGCAGCGUCCGGCACUACGUUCAGAACCUCAAGGUCAUCGACAACCAGAAGAAGCUCACGCAGAUGUCCCGGGACAUGGAACACUGACACCGAACGCUGACACUGACACUGACACUGACGUCCGGGGACGUCAAGCACCAAACACUGCAUGACAUUCGGACAACCGGUGACAGAAUGGGGACCCAAUUAUGGGCCAGCCUAGGGCAACUGCCCGUUUGUACCCCUCCGUCCACCCCCUGGCUAAAAGUCAUCUCCCUCCCUCACUGUACAUUGUACUGAGGAGCCAGGGAGCCUCCCCAAAACAACUGGCUUGCUGCUUACACCCCUCCUACACACACACACACACACACACACACACACACACACACACACACA